AUGGCAACUACAGAGGAAAAUAUGUUUGCACUUCUUUGUAUUGCUGUGGUAUCGUUAUUCGGAUUUGUCGGCAAUGGCUUAUCACUUUAUAUCACAACUACAAAUUCACAUUUUCAGAAUGCCUAUGGCACUCUCCGUACCACAUUUUUGUUGUGUAAUAUACAAACAAUAUCAGUUUUAUCGAUUUGGAGUGCUGUUGUUCUACUAACGGAUUCUCGUGAACUAUCAUCACCGACAUAUUUCAUAGCCUUAAUACCCGGAUGCUUGGCAAAUGUGUCUUUUUACGGGACAAUAUUGAUAAAUCUGCUAAUUGCAGUGAAUAGAUAUUGCGCAUUUGCAUAUCCUCUGAACUAUCACUUUUAUUGGACCGUAGCGAAAGCUCGCUAUGCUGGAAUUAUUGUCUAUUUCUUCGGGUUUCUACCGUGUUUGCCUAGCAUUUUUGAACCAUGUACCCUUAUUUUUAAUGCGGAGUUGGAUUUCCGUUGGAGCUAUAGCAAUACGAGUUGCGGUAAUAUAAAUUCGAUGUUCGAUACAGUGUUCGCCAGUUCAAUAAUGAUCAUAGCGGGAUGCAUCGACUUCAUGACGUUUUUGUGGAUUAGAAGUCACCGUAAGUUAAAAAAUGUGCGAAAGCUGACGAAUCGUUCUUCCAGCCGUAAGAAUGACAUAUACUUCUUUAAACAGAGCUAUAAAUUGUUUAUUCGUUUCCAGUCAUGUAUCAGUGGACUAGCGGUGAUUACAUCUGCUUUUGUCUUUAAUAUUGGUCAACAUUAUCUGACAAAUAAAUGGGCUUUAUUUGCUGUCACGACAAUUAAUUGGGUAGUAACGCAUGCAUUGGAUGGAUUUGUUGUGUUGAUCUUCAAUCGAUAUUACAUCGACAGUUCAGAAAAUAAUAGUUGUCGAUAA